GCCGCGGGGCAGGGAGUGGCGGUGGGAGGCCAUGGCGGCGAGCAGCGAGGAGGGCUGCGAGCACUACCGCCGCGGCUGCCUGCUCCGGGCGCCGUGUUGCGGGAAGCUGUACGCCUGCCGGCUGUGCCACGACGGCGCCGAGGGCCACCGACUGGACCGGUUCCGCGUGGCGGAGGUGCAGUGCGCCCGCUGCCGCCGCCUGCAGAAGGCGCAGCAGAGUUGCGAGGGCUGCCACAGCCUCUUCGGGGAGUACUACUGCGGCAUCUGCCACCUUUUCGACCGGGACAAGAAGCAGUACCAUUGUGCCGACUGUGGCAUUUGCAGGAUUGGUCCAAAGGAAGAUUUCUUCCACUGUUCAAAAUGUAAUUUAUGCCUAAGCUUGAGUCUUCAAGGAAAACACAAGUGCAUAGAAAACGUCUCCAGACAGGAUUGUCCAAUAUGUUUGGAGCUAUUCUUUUGCCUACUCUUUGUUUUGAAACAGGAUAUUCACACGUCUCGUGUUGGAGCACAUGUUAUGCCAUGUGGUCACCUUCUUCACAGAACAUGUUACGAGGACAUGUUAAAGGAAGGUUACAGGUGUCCUCUGUGCAUGCACUCGGCUUUAGAUAUGACAAGGUACUGGCGUCAGCUGGAUGACGAAGUAGCACAGACACCUAUGCCCACAGAGUAUCAGAACAUGAUGGUGGAGAUCCUUUGUAAUGAUUGCAAUGCCCGGUCUACAGUGCAGUUCCAUCUUUUAGGCAUGAAGUGUACAAACUGUGAAUCAUACAAUACUGCCCAAGAUGGAAAAUGCAGGCUGACUUUGGAGUAGCAGUGAUUAAGAUGUAGGCUGCAUACGGCUGGUCAAGGAAAACAAGAAAAUGCUACUGUGGAAGAGACUGUUUUUUAGGAAAAAUGUUGUCUGUGAAAAUUCAUUUAAAUCUGUCGUGCCAACAGUAAAAUGGUUACAAAGUUUUAGGCUGCUGCAAAGGAGUUUUGCAGAUGGUGUCCCCAACUUCAGUACCAGCUACAGCAUGGUCAGGCUCUUCAGGAAAUUACCCCCCCCCCUUUUUUUCCUUUUAAAUGUUUUACUGCAUCAUAGAAAAGGCAGACCAGAAGAACAGCUAGUGAGAUGCCAAAGGGAGAUGUACAAGCAAUAGCUGUCAGAGCAGAACAUGUUUUUGGGCAGCCGAAGACUGAUCUGGCUUACAGAGGCUCUGAGCAUAACACAGGGUGGAGACAUAGUCAUUUUGGUAGCGACUCAUAGGAAAAACUAGCGGCUUUGAGACGAUACCUUACGUAAAGCUGACAUCGGCAUAGUUUUGCCUAAGUACUUUCUGUUCCUUUUAAAUGAUGUGUAUGUUCUAGGGCUUUGGAGCCAUCAAGCAAAUGGGCAGAAAGGGUGAGCUUGCCAAAACUUCAAUUUGCAGACAUGAGUGCACACACCGUGUGCACUGAAUUCACUUCAAAAGCGGGGCUGGUCCUUGACUUGGCUUCUGAAUCAAGCUGCGGGGCUGCCCUUCUCCCACGGGUACUCAUGUGACCUGGUAUCUCUUUGGAUUUAGAUUCCUUUGCCACCUGCAAUUGCAUUUAACACAGAUUUCUUCCUAAUUUGCUUUAUUCAUUUACAGAGACUGAGGUGUUAUGGGGUUUUAGGCACAUAUGUAGCUUGACAUGUUGGCAGUUCAGUAUGUGAAGUGAAGCUCAUAGCAUUAUCUUUGCAGGAUUGCUGUCAGGUCAGCCAGUCCUGCUAAGCCUGAGAUACUUGCUGAAGAUGCAGCUGUUCAUAGAGAGACUCUCAGGUUGUGCAGGGACCAGUCUUCUCUGACUUUUUUUUUGUUUGUUUUUUUUUUUUUUUUUUUUAUGGUAUCUAAUUUCAUUGUGGGAGGAGAGGGGAGGAUGGAGGAAUGUUUUUCCCUUUCUUAAGAAAAGGAAUUAAAAACUCCCACUCUUCACAUCUUGCCCAGUGUUUUGCAGGUGAAAUAUUGCAGCAAGUCCUUUAGUUUCUGUUCAGAAAGUUCAAAUAAUGUGGCACAUGACUCCUAAUGUCCAAACUGCAUGAAAUGCAGAAGUUCCUCUUCACCAUAAAACUACUUGUCUUCAACUUGCUCUGUGAUGAAGCAACAGGUAUCUUGAUCUGACAGUGCCCUUUUAUGUAUGAAAAACUAGGAAUCAGAUUGUCGUAUUACUGUAGCUUCCAUUUACUUAAGUAUCUUUUUCUGAAGCACUUUCCUGACUGCUAUACAUGAAUGUAAAAUGUUGUCUCUAAUAAAACUGAUUAUACCCUG